AGAGUUAAAGAUCUACAAGCACACUUCUUCAGCUCUGUCGAAAUUAAGGACGACAAUAUGGACACAGAAUCCAUUCUAGAAGAACUUCUUCUCAAAAGGUCACAGCAAAAGAAGAAAAUGUCACCCAAUAAUUAUAAAGAGCGGCUUUUUGUUUUGACCAAAACAAACCUCUCCUACUAUGAAUAUGACAAAAUGAAAAGAGGCAGCAAAAAAGGAUCAAUUGAGAUUAAGAAAAUCAGAUGUGUGGAGAAAGUAAAUCUUGAGGAGCAGACGCCCGUGGAGAGACGGUACCCAUUUCAGAUUGUCUAUAAAGAUGGGCUUCUCUAUGUGUAUGCAUCAAAUGAAGAGAGCCGAAGUCAGUGGUUGAAAGUAUUACAAAAAGAGAUAAGGGGCAACCCCCAUCUGCUGAUCAAGUACCACAGUGGGUUCUUCGCGUACGGGAAGUUCCUGUGCUGCCAGCAGAGUUGCAAAGCGGCCCCAGGAUGUACUCUCUGGGAAGCAUAUGCUGAUCUGCACAUUGAACCCAAAGAAGAAAAACACAGAGUUCCCAUUUUCCCAGACAGAGUGCUAAAGAUUCCUCGAGCAGUUCCUAUUCUCAAGAUGGAUGAACCAUCUUCAAGUACUGCUCUAGCUCAGUAUGACAGUGACUCCAAGAAAAACUGUGGCUCCCAGUCAAACGUCAACAUGUGGUUUAUGCCAAGAGAAGACUGCCCUGACUGGUGGCAAGUAAGAAGACUGAAAAGCAGUGAAGAUUUAGCAUGCAGUAACCAAACGGAAAGAAAUGUUGUAGAUCACAGCACCUUAAAGAUAUCAUGGGGAUCCCCUGAGUCAAGUUCAUCUGAAGAAGAGGAAAACCUUGAUGACUAUGACUGGUUUGCAGGUAACAUCUCCAGGUCACAAUCUGAGCAGUUACUGAGACAAAAGGGAAAAGAAGGAGCAUUUAUGGUUAGAAAUUCCAGCCAGGCGGGAAUGUACACAGUGUCCUUGUUUAGUAAGGCUAUGAAUGAUAAAAAAGGAACCGUCAAACAUUACCACGUGCAUACAAAUGCCGAGAACAAAUUGUACCUGGCAGAAAACUACUGUUUUGAUUCCAUUCCAAAGCUUAUUCACUAUCAUCAACACAAUUCAGCAGGCAUGAUCACACGACUCCGCCACCCUGUGUCAACCAAGGCCAACAAGGUUCCCAUCUCCGUGUCCUCGGGAAGUGGAAUGUGGGAACUGAAAAGAGAAGAGAUUACCCUGUUGAAGGAGCUGGGAAGUGGCCAGUUUGGAGUGGUCCAUCUGGGCAAGUGGAAGGGGCAGUAUGAUGUUGCUGUUAAGAUGAUCAAGGAGGGCUCCAUGUCAGAAGAUGAAUUCUUCCAGGAGGCCCAGACCAUGAUGAAACUCAACCAUCCCAAGCUGGUGAAAUUCUACGGAGUGUGUUCAAAGAGAUACCCUAUAUACAUAGUGACUGAAUAUAUAACCAAUGGCUGCUUGCUGAGUUACCUGAAGAGUCAUGGGAAAAGACUUGAGCCCUCCCAGCUCUUAGAAAUGUGCUAUGAUGUUUGUGAAGGCAUGGCCUUCUUGGAGGGCCAGCAGUUCAUACACCGGGACUUGGCUGCUCGGAACUGCUUGGUGGACAGUGAUCUCUCUGUGAAGGUUUCUGACUUUGGGAUGACGAGGUAUGUUCUUGAUGACCAGUAUGUCAGUUCGGUAGGAACAAAGUUUCCCGUCAAGUGGUCAGCCCCAGAGGUGUUUCACUACUUCAAAUACAGCAGCAAGUCAGACGUAUGGGCGUUCGGGAUCCUGAUGUGGGAAGUGUUCAGCCUGGGGAAGCAGCCCUAUGACUUGUACGACAACUCGCAGGUGGUCGUGAAGGUCUCCCAGGGCCACCGGCUCUACCGGCCCCAGCUGGCGGGGGACACCGUCUACGAGGUCAUGCACAGCUGCUGGCAUGAGCUUCCAGAAAAGCGGCCCACAUUUCAGCAACUCCUAUCUUCCAUUGAACCACUUCGGGAAAAAGACAAACCUUGA